GUUUAUUAUGUUUUAUUUGUAGAUUUUCAGUUGGCGCUGAUUGUUUUUUUUUAUUGCGUCUCUCCGUCAGGUUGCUGACCUGCUGUACCAGACCGCUCAGGAUGCUGACCUGCGAUACCAGUCGGUAUGUGGAGUGCCGUAUACCGCUCUACCUCUUGCAACCAUCAUUUGCUCAAAGCAGCAGCUGCCGAUGCUGAUCCGGAGAAAGGAAGCCAAAGCUUAUGGUGAGAGUUGGGGUGUUACCAUCACUGCAGCGGUGUUAAUACCAAUGGCAGAAAAGCGCGCGUUACCAUCAGGACUCCGGACACGGUGUAAUGCAGGGCUGGUAUUACUGUAUUGUGACGUUAUACAGGGCUGGUUAUAUUACUGUAUUGUGACGUUAUACGGGGCUGGUUAUAUUACUGUAUUGUGACGUUAUACAGGGCUGGUAUUACUGUAUUGUGACGUUAUACAGGGCUGGUUAUAUUACUGUAUUGUGACGUUAUACAGGGCUGGUUAUAUUACUGUAUUGUGACGUUAUACAGGGCUGGUUAUAUUACUGUAUUGUGACGUUAUACGGGGCUGGUUAUAUUACUGUAUUGUGACGUUAUACAGGGCUGGUUAUAUUACUGUAUUGUGACGUUAUACGGGGCUGGUUAUAUUACUGUAUUGUGACGUUAUACGGGGCUGGUUCUAUUACGGCCUCGUCUCACAUUAUUCCCGAAUCAGGUAAUUCUGCCUCUUUUUCCUGAGAUAAAAUGGCAAUAUUCCAAACACUUGUUAGAUUUUAUUUUUUCCUACAAUAUGUUUGGGUUGGAUGCAGUGUCCAAUAUUGUAAAACUAUUUAAGAUCCCAAAACUAGUGUCAAAUUAGCUUCAGUGGGCCAUGAAAUGAGAGCGAUUCCCAGACUCUCCACCAGAGGGAGCAACGCUAAGAUAACCCACUCAGGGUCACAGUACCUUAUCAGUUUGGUAUUCUGUCCAAAUUCCUCCAAACCCUCUAUGAAAUCCACAUAGCUUUUCACAGAAGGCAAAUUAGGUUGUCAAGCCACCAUUUUAUGUAGAAUUCAUUUGAUUUAAUGCCCUAGAUAGAGACCAGAAAAACUGCACCUCCAGUGCUGCCACCAUACCCUCUCACCCCAAAUUACACCAAUGUUACCCUUAGGCGAAAUUCAAGCAUGAGGCCCCACUAACACCCAAAGUAUAAAAUAACAGGGCUGUAUUUUGUGUUGAAAGGCGGACUUGCAGCGCUGGAUACAGAGUCAGUCUCUGCAUUCAUUGUUCAGAAGCUCGCAGUGUCACGGCUUCCUGUGCCCCUGCAUUGUGAGCUCUCUGGUUGUAGCUGUAGCUUAAUUUGCCAUAAAUAAUUUUAAUUUACAGUUAUGCCGAUCUUUUAUACACAAUUGUAUAAAAGCAGAUGGCCUGCUUUUAUACAUUUAUGUACACAGACAAGCACACCCAUGACACUCCCACAAAUCAAUUAAUUCCUUCGUAGUCCGGUGGUGAUAUCCGGUCUGCAGCUCCGCAGUGUGCAGAACUGCAGACCAUGUGUGUCACGAGACCCGGUCAGAGCGUUGCUGUGGUAACCUGCGGCAAUGCUCUGAUAGGCCAGAUCUCGCGAGUUACAGACCAGCAGCCUCGGGCCCUCUCCUCCCGGGCAGACUGCACAGAGGGUCCUCUCACCCGGCGGCAUACUGAGCAAGCUGCAGGGCCCCUUCCUAGUGUCGGGUCCUUGGGCACAGUCUGCCCUAAGGAGGUUUAGGCGGCCGCGAGGCCCAGGCUGCACAGAGCCUUAAGCAGCCACCUAAACCGCCUAGAGAGCCGCCUCUGACCCCAACGCUAAAUCCCCCAGAAAUCCUUAGUGCUCCGUCAUUUGUUAUUGUCAAUUUAUUUCUGUUGGAUAUUUUUCCCAACUAAUCACUUACUGUUGCCGUCGGACCCAUUUUAGAAGCACAAGGAUCCAUCAUAUUGGCUGAUAAUAAAACAAGUGAAGUUCAGAUUAAUUUUUAUCUCAAUGACGGGGUUGUAUAUCUAGUUUGUCACUGAUCACAAUUAAUAAAAUGUUUCAAUGUAACUUUUUAGUGUGUAUGUGAUUUUAUAAUAGAUAAUUUUAUUAUUUAUUUGUAGGAACGAAGCAACUGGUUGAAGGCACCAUUUCUCCGGGAGACACGUGUUUAGUUAUUGAAGAUGUUGUGACUAGCGGUUCCAGUGUUCUGGAGACGGCAGAGAUCCUCCGGCGAGAGGGGCUGCAGGUUACGGAUGCCAUUGUGCUGGUGGACAGAGAGCAGGGUGGGAGCGAGAAACUGGCAGAAAAUGGAAUCCGACUACACUCUGUCUGUACCCUGACUCAGCUCAUGGAGAUACUGCACACGCUGGGGGCGGUCAGUGAGGGCACGGUGCAGGAAGUCAAAGAAUUCAUCCGCGACAAUAAGGUCACAGCACGGGAACCUGUACCGACCAAAAAACACGUUAUGGAUCUCCCUUACUCUUCCCGAGCAUUGCUUCCAGACACUCACCCGGUGGCAUCCCGACUCCUCACAAUUAUGGAAAAGAAAAAGAGCAAUCUGUGUGUGUCAGCCGACGUUACUUGCUCUGCAGAGCUUCUUCAGCUGGCCACAGAGCUGGGCCCAUCAGUCUGUAUGUUAAAGACCCACGUGGAUAUCCUGAAUGACUAUACUCCAGAUGUUUCUUCUCGGCUCCGAGCGAUCGCGGAUCUCCACGAGUUCCUCUUGUUUGAAGAUCGGAAAUUUGCAGACAUUGGGAACACCGUUAAACAGCAGUAUGAAGGUAAUGUGUGAAAGACGGGCAGCUAACGUACAAAGAGAAGCGUUUAACCUGCUGUUGUUUCUUCUUCCCAGGUGGUAUUUAUAGAAUCUCCUCGUGGUCGGAUGUGGUGAAUGUCCAUGCUGUGCCUGGCCCCGGCGUGGUGCAGGGGUUGCGGGAAGCUGGCCUCGCUCUAGGAAGAGGUUGCCUUGUGAUUGCUGAAAUGAGUUCCCAGGGGUCACUGGCAGUUGGAGACUAUACAAAAGAAGCUGUAAGUGUGUAAUAGUGAAUUAUUGGAGACCUCGACCUAUCCACAGCCAGGACUUACAAUCAAGCCCUUUGGUUUCAUGUCAUCCUUCCCUUUGUAAGAUCUGUUUGGCCAUGUCCCCAGGAGCUCAGGGUUAAAUGAUGGGACUGGGAGCGGAUUGCUCCGUCUGAUUUCUGAUUCCCAGUAUAUUCUGUCUGUUCCAUGUCCCCAGGAGCUCGGGGUUAAAUGAUGGGACUGGGAGCGGAUUGCUCCGUCUUAUUCCCAGUAUAUUCUGUCUGUUCCAUGUCCCCAGGAGCUCAGGGUUAAAUGAUGGGACUGGGAGCGGAUUGCUCCGUCUUAUUCCCAGUAUAUUCUGUCUGUUCCAUGUUACCAGGUUUACUGAUAAGUAAUGCUUGUGUAUAUCAAUCUUUGCAUUUUGUGCACUGCUUCUUCCUGUCGCUCUCUGGGUUUUUUACAGGUGAAACUGGCAGAGAAUUAUCCAGAUUUUGUUUUUGGGUUCAUUUCGGGAAGCCGUUUGAGUGGAAAGCCGGAGAUGCUGCAUUUAACCCCAGGGGUACAGCUGCAGGCAGGAGGUGCGUGCUUUUACAAUUUAAACGUUUGAAAAUUAUUUUAACAGGAAAUUUAAAUACACAAAACCUCUGCUUCCUGAAUAUUGGAUUCUGUGGGUUUUGCUGACUGCGUGGCAUUGUGUCCCAGUAGUUUGUUCGUUGGAUGACAUUGGCACAUUCUCGUUAGAUGAGUUUAACAAGUCGGUAAUGUUUUAAUAGCCGUUCACAUAAAGGUGAAUGCUGCAUUCCACACAUAGCGACGUUGUAUUCUGAAAAUGUGAUCAGAAAGUGCUGAGACUGGAGAAAUAACCUGGCUGUCUAUGACACAACAUGGAGGGAUUGUUAGAAAAAAAAAUGGAUUUCUGCUACUUUUCUACAUCUGAACUUAAAUGUGUCUUCUGGCAAGGUGGGGUAGCUGCUGAGGCCAGGGAAUUAAAAUUUAAUUAUUUUUACUUGUUUCUUUACAUUUUCCAGGAGACCAUCUGGGGCAGCAGUAUCAGAGCCCUAACGAUGUCAUUGCAAAGAAGGGUUCUGACAUCAUCAUUGUGGGGAGAGGUAUCUUAUCAGCCACCAAUCGCCUCGAAGCUGCUGAGGUUUACAGAGCGGCAGGAUGGGAGGCCUAUCUGAGCAGGAUCAAAGCUGAAAAGACUGAGCCCUGAACCAGUAUCCCACCAUCAUGCCUCAAACACACAUUUUCUGAAUUCUUAAAAUACAAUUAUUUUUUUUUUCUAUAUUUUGCCAUCAACUCAAACAGAUCAGUACUGGGUGAUGGUGUCAUAAUGCAUUCCUAAAGCUUCUGUCUUCAUUUUUGUAAUUGUGGCUUAACGCACACCAUGUAAUGAGCAUUAGAUCCUGGCGUUGUUACAGCCGAGGGGAGCACCUGGUUACUAUGUAGACCUCACCUUUUACAAACCUAGGAAAAUAACAUGACUGCGUGUUUUGUUCGGUCAGUGUGAAGGAGACAAUGCAUUGCGGUGAGGUGGACACAGUUUAUCCAGAGCUGGUUACUGAAUGUGAGCUCUGGAACAUUACAAACUGCGCGCCACAAUAAAACAAUCUGAAAAAAGGGGCAAAGUAGUUUUUGUUUAGCUUUGACAUUUUCAAUAAAAGUAUCUUUGUCAGAUGAUUAAAGAUGUAUCAGACUCUGUA